ACGCACGUUUGCAGCAAAACCAUUUUUGGUUCAGUGUUUCCCAGCUUCUUCUUCUUCUUCUUCUCCUUCACAGCUUCUUGAUAUUUUGAAAGGUUUUUACCACAUAAGACAAAUUUUUAAUCAUUAUUUUGUAUUGAGAAAGAAGAAAAGAGUCUAAUCCAAUCAUGGGUUGUGUAGUACCCAGAAUUGAAUUGGGUUGUUCAAGUCAUUGUCUUGAACAAAGCCUUACUCUUUCAUGGAACUUAAGAGCAUGGAAUUUUGGAAGAGUGACCACAAUCUCACAUUUCCAAAAACUUCCUUAUCCUUUGGUAUCUUCUACUCGAAAACAUUACAAGAACAGUUUGCUCUUGAAGAGAUUUUUAGUUGGUGUUGGCUCAGAGGAAUCAUCUUUAUCACAAGAUUCACUCGACGAGUCUCUUUCUCGACCUCUCACUAGUGAUGAGUUGAAGUCACUGCUCAUUGAUGCAGAGAGAUCGAAGCUUGUUAAAAAAUUGAGUGAAGCUAAUCAACAGAAUCGUUUUCUCAAGCGCCAGCUUAAAACACAGGAGGAUGAAAUAACUAACAUCAAAAGUGACCUUGCGAUUAUGGAGUUCGAAGUUCAGGCUUUGGUCAAACUGGCGGAAGAAGUAGCAAACCUCGGUAUUCCAGAAGGUUCUAGAAAAAUCAGUGGAAAGUACAUUCAGUCACACCUUCUCUCUCGUUUAGACGCUGUUCAAAAAAAGUUGAAGGAACAAGUAAAAGAUGUCGAGGCUGCACAGACGAAAGAGGUUCACGUGUUCUGGAUUGGCAUGGCAGAGAGUGUACAAGUAAUGGGAUCGUUCGAUGGAUGGAGCCAACGUGAGGAUCUAUCGCCUGAGUACUCAGCUUUAUUCACCAAAUUCUCCACCACGUUAUUCCUUCGUCCUGGGCGGUACGAGAUAAAGUUCUUAGUGGAUGGAGAAUGGCAGAUCUCACCUGAGUUUCCUACUUCGGGAGAAGGGAUGAUGGAGAACAAUGUCUUAGUGGUGGAAUAGCUACUCAUCUUUCUGCAUCACACAUUUAGGUAAUACACCAUUAAACAUAUUCAGACCGGUGUGGAUGAGAUUCUAGACAUAUAAACUAUAUGUUUCUUGGAGGGUUUUGCCUUGCUAAUUUUUUAUGCUAGAAUAGAGUCUGCUGUUGGAUACAAGGAAUAGUAUAACUGUAUAAAUAGGUGUGAGGAAGAACAUAUUAGGUGUCUAUAGAUCAUUAACUAUUCGUCAUUUUCUUCUAGUUUGUUUGUGGUUAGUCAAGAAGUAUUGUUCUUCGUGGUUCUCAUCUCUUUUGAGUAAUACAAAGUUAUCUGUUUUCCUGAACCUAUCAGCUCCAUACAGGAGUCAUUUCAAAUGACUCAUUAAGCUUUCUUGUCUU